AUAUGGCUUGGUUGUUGAAAAAAAAAAAAGAUAAUUUUUAUCCUUUUUGUUGUGUUAUAUUUAAACUCACAUUUUUCUCAUGUUCAUUAUGGCCACAUGAGUACAAAAGAGUGACUUAAUGUCUCAUAAUAUAUUUUAUGAUUAUUACAGGCUAAGUAUGAACCACUUCCUUUGUCAUCACCAUUCACUCUGCAUCCUGAUGUUUACUCCAUAAAUCCAUGUUUUAAGCCAAGGGUGCUAUAGAAUAUUCACUUUAUAACACAAAUGAUUUUGUGGCCUCUACUGUUGUCAGGAACCAAAUUUUAUUGUCAUAACAAAACUGUCACCCAAAAAAGUAUCCUGCCAUCCCUGCCAACAGUUCUAGUGAUGGUUGAUGUGGUGGUCAGCUGGAGCCCAGAGACCAUGACUAAGACAAAUGAUGAUUACAUUAGAAAUGAAGAACAGGAUUGUAAAAGAGACAUUGAAGGUAUCCUUCAAAUUUGCAACUCCUAUGAUGAAGCUCUUCACCUUUUACAAACUGAAGAAAAGGCAACAGGAAUGCAUUUCGUUGGCCAUCGAAAAGAAGGAAUUUUUGACAUGAUUGGUUCAGAUAUGAAGGAAUUUAUUGGAGAAGGAAGAAAACAUAUUAAAUAUUCAGCAAGUGUUGAGACAAAGGGCAGAGGUAAUAAUCCAGUGCCAGUGAGAUACACAGGAGUGCCAUUCAUCGAGGCUGGUACUUACAUCAUGGAGUGCCACAUGGGACAUGAUAGUGGGGUAUGGAAAAAGAGGAGAUAUGCUGCAAAUAGGGACAAAAAGGAGUGUGAAAAUCGAAAGUUGGGCAGGAGACGAUUUCGGUCUCAAGAUAGCAAAAAAUUGGGAUGCCCUGCCAGAGUGCAUAUUAAAAGAAUUCUUAGACUUCCUGAUUUUAAGAUAAAGCAAAACACAGCAGCUGAAAGGACUAAAAAUCGCAUGAAAAUUGUAUUAGCCUUGAAGGAUGAUUUACAGUCAGUCAACUUCCAGCCAGUGUAUUACGUUCUGCUUCCAUUCCUUGAGAGUCACAGGUAUCAUGUGGUUGGCUUUGUGGCAGGAGUUAUGGUACAAAAGGGCAAGGACAAAACAUUGCACCUUCUUCAGAUCAAAAAGUACUUGGAGACCGGUGCAUACUUAUCAUCUGUUCUUAGUAAUGAGAAAAAAGGCAUUCGAGUUGCAGCAAAAGCAUUCAGAAUUGAAGAUAAACAGAUGUUCUAUGUUGGUAAAGAUAAUAGUGAGAAGAGAAUUGUGCUGUUCACCAAAGAAGACAAACAAAAGGCCUUUGAGGAAUGCCAUAUAUUAAAGAAAUCUGGGGAACAUUUUGACUGUACUCUCACUGUGUACAAUUUGGCUGAGAAAUACUACUGGACAAGUAUGGCAGAGGAUAUUGUUGGUAUGGUUGUUGUCUGUGAUGUAUGCAAAUUAAAUAAAAGGAGUCCCUGUAGAGAAUAUAAAUCUGAUCUCAAACAGCAAAAUCAGAUUGUUAAACAUCAUAAAGCACAUCACUUGAAGAGAGAGAGCACAUCACUCCUCAUAGAAAAGGAUUCCUUGGAUUCAAAAAUUAAGUUUAUUGCCAAGCCCAAGAGUGCAUCCUCCACCAAGGUUGACGACUACUUAACAAGUGAUGCCGAUCACAAAAUACGUAAAGAGUCCACAGUUACCAAAAUAGAUAACUUCAAAGUUCAUAAUAAUUAUCCCAGAGGAGUAAUGAAAGUUGUGGACUCAUAUGAACAAGUCAUCAACCUUAUCAAGGCAGAAGAAAAAGUAACAGGGAUGCAUUUUGUAGGACACCGAAAGGAAGGAAUUUUUGAUAUAAUAGGCUCGGAUAUGAAGGCCUUUGCUGGAGAAGGAAGAAAACAUAUUAGAUAUUCAGUGAGCAUUGGAACAAAAGGGAGAGGCUAUGACCCAGUGCCAGUAGAAUACACAGGAGUGCCAUUCAUUGAGGCAGGAACCUAUGUCAUGGAAUGCCAGAUGGGCAGUGAUAGCGGAAUAUGGAAUAAGAGGAGAUAUGCUGCAAAUAGGGAUAAGAUGGAGGAGAAAAGCCACGUUAGAAUCAGGAGAAGGACACUGGCCCACAGAACCAAGAAAAUGGGUUGUCCAGCAAAAAUACACAUUAAAAGAAUUCUAAGAAUGCCAGACUUUAAGAUCAAGAGUAACACAAAAGCUGAGAAAGAGAAGAAUCGGGAGAGAAUUAUUAAAGCAUUGAAAGACGAUGUUGAAAAUGUUAGUUUCCAGACACUGUACUACAUAUUACUGCCAGAGGUGGAGAGCCAUGAGUUCCACGUUGUCGACAUUGUGGGUGGUGUGAGGGUGAAGACGGGUGAGGCAGGACUAUUACACCUCCAGCAGAUCAGACACUACCUUCACGCUGGAACACACUUACCAUCUGUUCAGAAGAAAAAUAAAAAUGCCAUACGAACAUCUUCUAAAGAAUUUACAAUUGAAGGCACAACAAUGUACUACACUGGCAAAGACAGAACUGAGAAGAGAAUAGUUCCACACUCAGAAACAGAAAGAGAUGAUGCCUUUCAAAAGUGCCACAUACUGGAGUCUGGCCAACAUUAUGAUCGAACUGAAACAUUGCGAAGACUUGUACAGAAAUAUUACUGGACCGGCUUAAGUGAAGAUGUCAUUGCAAAGAUUGAGGAGUGCAAAGUAUGCCAAGUGAACAGACUUACGAGAUGUGAUCAAAGUUACGCAGAAUCAGAAAAUCCCGAGCGUAUGGCAGAGAAUAUGCAGUUGGUGACAAAUGAGAGCAUGGUCUUGACCAGCUCAACCUUGUUGCCUGAAGGUCGAGCAGGAAUACUCAAGAAUGACACUGAGACUGUGGAAAUAGUGAUACAGGAACUAGAGUCUCAUCAGGACCUUUCAGGUGGAAGUUAUCCUGCUGAAGGCCAUCAGCAAAUUCAUCAGACCACGUUUGGUAAUACCCAUAAGCUGGAUGGCGGAGGCCAUCUGGUAGUUAUAGUAGUUGAUACAUUAGAUUAGUAAAUUAGACUGCAGGAACAGAAGUGUAGAAACCUACGUUAAAGAUUAAAGAGGUUGUAAAAAUAGGAUACUGUAUAUUCAAUAUUUGCAUAGCAAAAUAUGUCAAGAAGCAAAUUGAUUUUUCAAUUAUCAAUUUUAUAUAUAAAAAUAAAAGUUUUGUAAUACUAUAGUUAUUAAAUUUUCAGAUUUUUUAAAAUAAAUGUUAUAUAUUAUUAUUAUUAUUAUAAUCAAAAAGAAGCGCUAAGCCACAAGGACUAUACAGCGCUGCAGGGCAGGAAGGAAGCGAGGGCAUCAGGUGGCAAAAGGGAGAUGGAUGAGUAAUAGGUUACGGAUAACAGCGGGGUAGUGGAUGGUGAAAGGGUAAAGGGCAGCAAGAGACUGAACUAGAAAGGGCUGAGGGGAGAGCGAAAAGUAUCAUCAG